AUGAAAAAACCACCGGGUCUAGACCCGGACCCGGUUACCAUGGAAAUGCAGCUCUCUACUGUUCCAGCUUAUUUUAAUAAUGCACAACGUCAAGCAACAAUUUAUGCUGGAACUAUUGCUGGUUUAAAUAUUAUACGUAUUAUUAAUGAAACAACAGCAGCUGCUGCUUGUCUUCCAACAUUAAAUAUGACAAAAAAAGAAGGAAACAUUUUAGUUUUUCAUUUAGGUGGUGGAACAUUUGAUAUAUCAUUAAUUAAACGUCAAAAUGAUAUUUUUCAAGUUAUUGCCACGAUUGGAAAUACAAAUUUAGGUGGUAAAGAUUUUAAUCAUCGUGUUAUGAAAUAUUUAAUUAAAUUAUUUAAAAAUAAAACUGGUAAAGAUAUUCGAAAUGAUAAUCAAGCUAUUCAAACACUUCGAUUUGAAGUUGAAAAAAUUAAACGAAUAUUAUCAUCAGAAUAUGAAGCUAAAAUUGAAAUUGAAUCAUUUUUUGAUAAUGAAAAUUUUAGUGAAAAAUUAACAAGAGCUAAAUUUGAAGAAUUAAAUUUGGAUUUAUUUCGUUUAAUAAUGCAAUUAGUAGAAAAACUACUUGACGAUGCUAAAAGACUUACGGCCGACGAAAUUGUUUUUAUUGGUGGUUCAACUCGUAUUCCAAAGAUUCAACAAUUAAUUAAACAACGUUUUUAUGGUAAAGAACCAUUAGAUGGUAUUAAUGUAGAUACAGCUGCUGUAUAUGGUGCUGCUCUUCAAGCUGGAUUUCUAUCUGGUGCAAAAAAUGCUCCUGCAAUUAUUUUAUUCGAUAUUAAUCCAUUACGCAUGGAUAUUCAAACUGUAAAUGGUGAAGUUACAGAAAUUAUUCAAUGUAAUAGAAUUAUACCAACAAAGAAAAUUCAAGUUUUUUCAACAAGUAAUGAUAAUCAACAAACAAUUCCAUUUCAAAUAUUUGAAGGUGAAAAUCAAAACAUAAGAGAUAAUCAUGUUUUGGGUAAAUUUGAAUUAAAUGGUAUUCCACCUGCACCACAAGGUAUUCCACAAAUUGAAGUCACCUUCUUAAUUGAUGUUAAUGGUAUACUUAAUAUGACUGCUGAAGAUAAAAGAACAACAAAUUCAAAUAAUAUAAUCAUCAAUUCAAAUAGAAAUAGAUUAUCAUCAGAAGAAAUCAAUUUUAUGACAAAAGAUUCUAAAAAACUUGCUGAUAAAGAUAAAAAACUAAAAGAACCUGUUGAUGUAAAAAAUGAACUUGAAUUAUAUAUUUAUUCAUUGAAAAUUGAAUUAAUUGAUAAUGAAAAACUUGGUGAAAAACUUUCAACUGAUGACAAAACAAAAAUUGAAACAGCCAUUGAAGAGAAAAUAAAAUGGCUUGAAUUACAUCCAGAUGCUGAUGCUGAUGAUUUAAAAAACCAUAUAAACGAACUCAAAGGAAUCGUUAUGUCGGUUCUUCCUUAUCUUGGUUAUGAUUUUAUAUAUUUUUUUUUCUUUUCUUGUUUUAUUAUAUCAUUCUUUUGUCGAUUUUUAUAUUGA